AUGCAGCGCGCUACCGAACAAGAAGAAGGUCCUUAUAGGGAUUCAUUGGCUACAGAUACGACAAAAGCAGACUCACCUCAGUCACAUCUGGGAGACAUUGGCUUGCAGCACAAAGGUGAAACCUCCUGCAUAAUGGCGUCUACCGAUCAAGAUACUAAUCACCAAUUCUCGCUCGACUACACCUUGCCUCCGUUAGUGGGAUCACUCCAACAAUCCUGGACAACAACAUUCCAAUCAGGGGCAGUCGUCGUACGUCGCAUUUCCGAUAUUAUGGCUAAUACUGAACUUACGGGACGUCUUUCGCGCCGCGACAAGUCUGCCCUCCUUGCUGCCAACGCGAUCAACCUCCUGAUCCUAUUCAAAGAUAAAGAUAAUUUCUCUGACAUUCCCGCUGGUGUCUGCCCCCCAUCGCUUCUGAUUUUGGCGUAUAUCUCCGUCGUGACUAAUAGUUGCGCGACUGUUACUGCCAUGGUCGUCACCGACAUGAUUAGCGAUCUCUGUUACAAGUCCUCUUGUCAGCGUUGCCGAUUGAAAAGGUCCGCGGUGGAAAGGGGUACAACGACCGAGCACAUGAUGCAGAUACUACAAGGAUUUGGUGCCCCCAAGGGUAUCUACUCGUGGAGAUUCUUCCUCAUAUAUUGGCUUGUAUUGUUUGUUAGCGGGUUCGUCAUCACCGUCGCAGAAAUCCUUCUGUUCAUCGCCACUGUGGAAGUUAAAUGGGUCGAGAUUACCCUCUUCGUUGUGAUCAUCAUAGUCUGCCUUCCCCCGUUCUUGUACUUCCUCCCAGGAAGAUCCCGCCUCGAGCACUAG